AUGGAGGGCGGCAGAGGUCGGCCGGUGGGGUUGGUGGCGGUUCCCGGCCGCUCGCUGCUCGGGCUGUGCUCGGUGGUGGUGAUGCUGUGCACUCUGCACCUGGUCGUCACCCUCCUGUACUAUCUGGACGGCUUCGGCUACACCGCCUACAUCGUGCGCUCCCUGAGCGGCGACCGCGGCCGUCCGCCGCCCAACGCCACCGCCAGCCCCCGGCCCCACGGCGGCAGCCCCGCGGCCCCCGCCCCCGCCUGUCCGGAGAGCUCCCCGCAUCUGGUGGGACCACUUGCAGUAGAAUUUUCCCGACCUGUUAAUUUGGAGGAUGUGAUGAAGGCUAAUCCAAUGGUAAGAGAGGGUGGACACUUUACCCCAGCAGACUGUGUGGCACUUCAGAAAGUUGCCAUCCUCAUUCCUUUUCGUAAUCGUGAUGAACACCUGAAAUACUGGUUAUCUUACUUGCAUCCAAUUCUGCAACGGCAGCAGCUUGACUAUGGAGUAUAUAUUAUAAAUCAGCAUGGCGAGGAAACCUUUAAUCGGGCUAAGAUUCUCAACGUAGGUUUUGUGGAAGCUUUGAAAGAAUAUGACUACAACUGUUUUGUGUUCAGUGAUGUUGAUUUGAUUCCCAUGGAUGACCGAAACCUCUACAAGUGUUACAGCCAGCCAAGACACAUAGCAGUGGCAAUGGAUAAAUUUGGUUUCCGCUUACCAUACAAUCAGUUCUUUGGAGGUAUCUCAUCUUUGAGUAAAGAACAACAUGAGAAAAUCAAUGGAUUUCCCAAUGAAUAUUGGGGCUGGGGAGGGGAAGAUGAUGAUAUCUACAAGAGGAUAAUUUUCAAAGGCAUGGGAAUAUCAAGGCCAGAUGGUGUCAUAGGAAAAUGCAGAAUGAUAAAACAUGAACGAGAUAAAAACAAUGAACCUAAUCCUCAGAGGUUUAACAAAAUUUCAAAUACCAGACUGACAAUGCAGAAUGAUGGUCUGAACUCACUGAAGUAUCGAGUAAUAGAGAUCAAGAAGUAUCCCUUGUACACCUUUAUCGAUGUGGACAUUGGUGGGCCUGGAAGGCCACCUUCCUUGAGUUAACUAAGAUGCUGAAGAAAUUCCUUCCUUCCUUUCUCAGCUACAUCUGGAUUUGUCAAAUCCAGGAACUUCCUCUUCAUGUUCUAUUCCAUAUAUGUGCCUUAUUCAUUGCCCUCUAUGUGUCUUAGUAUGUUUAUCAGAUUUGAUGGUGAAGUCUUGCUUCACAAUUUCCUAUACAAUUUAUUUGUUUAUAUGAAGUAUAUUUUAAAUGACAAAAAUGUUUUAAGAGGCAAUCUACUCUAUACUUGGGAUAGAUAAUAUUUUUUAAACGGGGGUAUCCCAUCAAUUCUGUAUUUAAAACCACUGCAUUCUGCAUUCUUCAAAACAUAUACAUACCUCCUUUAUAUAUCCUGUGCCUAUAUUAGGAAUUCUUAAACAUAUUCUGGAAAAUUUACUGUUAUAAAAAUAUUGCCUACUGUCAUUUGGGCUAAGGUAAUUAACUUUUUGCUUCUAUUUCCCCCGAUACACAGCAGUGCAACAAGGAAUAUUGUGGUUACCUUUGGAACAACAACAAUUUGCACUUAUAUAGCGCCCUCCACACAGGGUAGCGUCUCAAAGAGCAUCGGAGGUAACACUUAACUUACGUAAAAGUUGGUGUAAAGUACCUGGCACUGCACCCUCCAGGUAACUGUUUCCUUUCGGCUCCUAGUGCCUAGUUUUUAAUCUGAGAUGGAACAUUUAUUUUUGGUAAAUUUUCGAUCCUACAUUGUUAAACUCUACCAAAGAAGAUUGACAUUUCCACUUUACUUGGCCCCAAAUACAAUUAGCAAUCAGCCUGGCCCAAGGAGACUGACAAAUAUCUUAAUGAAAAAACUUACUUGCAGGCCAAUGAGCUACAAUUUAGUUCUUAAAUCUUAGAAAUUCACAGAUUUUAAAAAAGUUAUUAAGAGCUGGAAGAAAAUAAAUCAAUUUCCCAGAAGACUGUGCUGUGAUCUGGUGUUUUAGGUCAAUGCUAAAUGAGGAACUGCACAAAAUGUAUUCCUUCAUCUCUUUGUGAACUUAACUACUCAAACCUAAUUCUUAGCUUGAUUUUUAUCUUACCGAUGGCCUAGUAAGUAGUGGUUCAGUCCUGGUUUAGCACCUGCUGUAUGGACCUUAACUCACAGGGUGGAUUUCCAUUCUGUAUUAACUCCCAAGUGGUGUUUCAGUUGAUAUUAUUGUUCCUUGGACUAGAAAGGGUAAAUCGCCACCAUUGCUGGUUCCAAUGGCCUCUGCUGUUAUGUGCACUGUGUGGAUUUUAGGAAAAGAUAAGAUCAGGUUCCGCUAUAAUAUCCCCAUGGCUGUGCCAUCUGCCUGGACUCAAACCUGAGGUAACCCUGAAAUUGUAGUUCAUGAUAGAGUCAACACCAUCAGGAGAAGAGAUGAGAAAUCUGGCUCAAAACUUUUUUUUAAUAAUCUUGUUGCUUUGAGAGUAGGAACAUGUUCUAGCUUCUUAUAAGAUGUGCUAAUUGCCCCAGGGGUACUUUGCAGAUAUGACAAAUAAACAAACUAUGAAUUUUACUAAUUUUAAAUGUAGGGCGUGAUAGCAAAUAGUAAAAUGAGGAAAUAAUGUAGGCUUCUUAUAGGAGAACAUUUGCCCUCCCAAAAAUGGUUGAGGAGACAUGAAGGAUUUUAACAGUAGAAAUUAUACCACAGGGAAUACACAUCACUGCACACUGAUAGCAAGCCUUAUCUGAACAUGCAUCCAAUUUAAGCAAAAUAUACAAGGAGGAAAUAAAUGUUUCUGACAGCUAAAGCAUUUUAAGAGUUAAAUGUCAACAAAAUUCAGCUAAUAUUACCAGCGUUUGUGCCAAACUUAAGCAGCUGUCUGCUUCCUGUUUUCCAGGAGCUUUUACAUUUUGACUGCCCUACUGCUUUUCGAUCUCGUGACUUCUCUUUACUAAGAAACCCAGAUGACUUUUCUGUUACAUUUUCCAUUUUAUUCCAUUUCUCCUCUUAGGUUUGCAGUUACCUUUAAUCAUGUUCGCCUUUUGUGGCUUGUCAUGUACCAGUGCACAAAAGAGCUCCCAGCUGCUGGCCUGCCUUCCCCUAGGACAAUCCUCUUUAGUUCUAAACAUUUCCCUAUGUUAUUGUGAAAGUCUGAAUUCAACCAAGCAAACUUAUGACAUUGUGCUGUAUCUCUAAAUACAUCGUAUUUAGCUAAUUAUUCCAUUACUUCCUAUUGAACAUUUUCUCUACCCUGUUGCUCAUGACCUGGACUCCUUGCUUCUGUUAAGAAAAGAUUAUUCCAGACCAGUGGGAGUGUUAUCUGUGCCGACCACAUAGCAAUACAUGGCGUUCCCUGGUGCCUAAUAUCAGAGAACCCUGCGCCUAAAUUAAAUUUAAAGUGCUAACAUAAUAGGCCAUCUCUGAUCUUCUAAUCAUCUCAAUAUAUAUUAUUCAAGCCAAUAAAUGGGAACUGUAUAUGUUCCAGUUAUCAUCUUUUUUGGUGGUGGGAGGGGGUGAGGAAGGAGAGAUAAGCUGGCUGUGAACUAUUGGAAUCAAGUCUUGAUCAUCUGAGAAAGGCAGGUCCACCACAGUACUUAAAUAAACUAUUGAUGACAGACCAGCCACCUCGCUCAUCAACAGGACGUAGAAGGUAGCAGUCACAGCAGAAAAUCUUCCCACGUAGCUUUUCUUAAUCCUGCAAGCCAACAUCUUAAUGGGGAGAGUGGUCUCAGCUGCACAAACAGUGAGAAACAUGCCAAUGGCAAGCCAUGUGCUACACACUCUGAGGUCCCUGACCCUUGACUUGCCAACUUACACUUCAUACUUUCCAGAACUAAGUAAGCAGGAAGCAUCUCUCCAGGGGGUAUGUAUAUUUCAUUUCAGAUGCAGCAACAAGGUUAAGGGAGUAGAGAUUGAUGUAGGAAUGUGCUAAAUGCGGAGCAUUGAAGGAGAAAUCAGAUGGCCCUGUCCUAUUCUGGUAAGAGUCAGUCUAGCGCAGUUGGUAGCACUCUUGCCGCAGGGUCAGAAGGUUGUGGAUUUGAGCCCCACACCAUGACUUGAGUUAUUAUAUUUGGCUGACACUCCAGUAUAAUGCAUUGUGGAAAGUGCUACCUCUUCAGGUGAGUUUGUCUGGAUUUGGUGAAUCGUUAAAUUCCUAAUUGGGUUGAGGUAGGCGCAUAUUAGUUGUUGCAAUCCUGCACGUCAAAGUCACUGCACAUCAAAAGGUUAUAGGUUCAAGUGCCAUGUUGGGAUUUUGAGCUCAGAGUCGAGUGGCACUCCAGUGUAAUGCACUCGGAGAUGCCGUCCUUCGGAUGACACGUUAUAAACCAACGCCCCAAC